AUGUACUCUCAAAAUGACACUGAGCUCAACCUGUCCAAUCAGAACAUCAGCGAUAUACCAAUCAACGCCUUCCAAAAUUUCAGUGUCCUGGAAAUACUCAACCUGUCAGACAACAAUCUGACAUAUGAUGGUCUGCCCUGUGGAUCCCUCAGCAUAGCAACAUUAAGGCAUCUAAUCACAGCCAGCAAUCAACUUAUAAAUGUCCCAUCCUGUCUACCUGCAGCUCUUGAAUUUCUGGAUUUGAGCAAGAAUUUGAUCCAGCAGGUUAAGUUUUCAGAGUUUACAAGACUUCACAGCUUAAAAAUUCUUACUUUAAGUCACAACAAAAUCUCAGAAAUUGUUCCUUCAGAGUCAGUGCUCGCACAACUUGCGUCUUUGGAUCUAAGCUAUAAUAACUUUACAAAGUUACAAUGGAAAUUUCAAAUGCCUAAUCUCAUCAUGUUAAAGCUUGAAGGGAACCCUUUGAAGCAGCUCAACCCAUAUGAAUUCUCUCAGUUCCCAAAGCUUCAUAGCUUAAACUUGUCCACAACUUCUUUGGAAGUGUGCAAAAACAAAGUAUUUGCCUCUGGAAUGGAAAAUCUCAAAGUACUUGACCUGAGUGCAAACAAAUUCAAAACCAGUAAGUACCGCUGUGAGCCAUUUAGAAUUUUUUUCAAAUUACGAAAAACGUACAAGUUUCUUGCUUCUCCUAAAAAGAAAGCAUUCACUUGUAACUUGACAGAAUUCAGACCCUGGAAUUUCUUCACUAAUUCAACUGUCAGAGUAAUCCUCUCUGAAAAUCCCCUAGUUUGUAGCUGUGAGCUCACCUGGCUGUUGACUCAACCAGAUAAAGUACUGCUGAAAAGGACAAGUGAUACCAGAUGUCUCAAGAAUGGUGCACAGGGAGAAAUUUUAUUGACAGCUCUCAUAAAUGAGUGCAAUAUUAAUGGAAAUCAAACACAGGAACUGCAGCUUGAAGCAAGUACUGUACAAACUCAACUCCCAAAACUAACAAUAGCAGGAUUCCACUAUUCUUUAGGUGACAUAGCCACAACAACGAGUAGCAAGUUACCAGUCCAAUUUAGUAUCAGCCCACCAUCUCCAAACAGUACUGACCUCUUGAAUACAUUUGCUUCCCAUGGCUUGUAUUCCAAUUCGAAUCCAGGUACAUUACAAACUGAAGCACGCAGCAGACAAAAUGAUCAAAGCUCGGCUAAAAGUAAAUCAAGGGUGAAAGCUUCAAAAACAAGGUCAACUACUGCCAAAGAUCAAACUGGGAUCAAACAGGACAUAACUUCGAACAAGCAUUAUCCAUACACAACCAAGCAUUACCCAACCAGCACAACACGUCCAUCAGGGGCAAAACAUCAUGCAACAAUAGCAUCAUUGGCAUUCCCAAAAUUCCCCUCAGUCGCUCCUGUCAUUAAAAAGGGACCCAUAUUUAUAAUAACUGAAGAUGACAAUUUGGAGUCCCUAAAAGAAGUGGAGACUACAAGGUUCAUGCAGGUUGGUGAUUGCAAUUAUGACCCAUGCAGACAUUGGCAGGUACCAUGCCAUGACUUGCAACAUUUGACAGGCUGCAGCUGUCCUGGCAUAUCUGGGCCAGAUAUCCCACCAAACCCAGUAAAAAUACAGAAGGUGAUUAAGAUUUCAGACAACUCAGCAGAAAUCUACUGGUGUGCCCCCAGUUCUACAGUCCUCCAUUACUAUAUUAUCUAUCAAUCAGAUGACAACAGACAAUUGUACAAGACAGACAACAUCAAUCCUACAUAUCGAAGAUAUACAUUACAUGAUCUUACCUCGGACAGCACAUACCACACUUGUGUGGUGGCUGUGAAUAAAGCAGGAUCCAGUGCUGCAAGCAGUAUCUGGCCUUCAAAAGGCCCUUGCUAUAUUUUCAAGACUAAGCCAAACUACAACAACAUAUUUUAUAUAGUUUCCACUGUAAUUAUCGCCAUCCUCUUCAUACUGGUGAUUAUAUUAUCAGUUUGCCUGUGCAGAAUUCGUCAAAAGGGACGAUUAACAGACUUUUCUCGUAUAAGCUUGGAUCCUCUAACUUUGCAAAAUCCAGCAUUUGACAAUCACUUGGAAAUGGAAGAUCCAAGAACAAUUGGUACAAUAAGUGCAGAUUCUGAAGAGAUUCCCUGA